CUUCCUUCCUUCCUUCGUCUCCACACCAAAACCCCAACACCCCCUUUUCACUGUUAUUUGCGUCAAAUCGAAUAUCGAUUAUCAUACACACACACACACACACACAUUUUUCACAACUUAUCUUAUCCCCACAGAGGCUGGAGCUGGAGAAUAAAAAGAAAGUAUAUGGAGGGAGACGCCGGAAGAGAUUUGGGAUGCCAGAAGACUAUGGAUGGGAAGGCGAAUGAGGAUAUCCCUUCUUGUUGCCUGAAAGCACGGGCCUUUGCUCCUGAUCCUGAGCUUCAAGCCAACUGUCACGCGACAGUUGUUUCUGGAUGGUUCUCUGAAAGUCGCUCUUCUUCGGAUGAUGUGGCCAAGCGAAUGUACUUUAACAACCCCAUGUGGCCAGGAGAAGCACAUUCAUUGGCUGUUGAAAAGAUUUUGUUCAAGGAGAAAUCAGAGUAUCAAGAGGUCCUUGUUUUCGAGUCUACAACAUACGGAAAGGUGCUUGUUCUUGACGGCAUUCUUCAGCUUAGUGAGAAAGAUGAAUGCGCCUAUCAGGAGAUGAUAGCCCAUCUUCCUCUUUGUUCCAUCAAAUCACCCAAAAAUGUUCUGGUGGUUGGUGGUGGUGAUGGUGGAGUCUUGAGGGAAAUUUCUCGUCACAGCUCUGUAGAAUUAAUUGAUAUAUGUGAAAUAGAUAAAAUGGUUAUAGAUGUUAGUAAGAAGUUCUUCCCUGAGUUAGCUGUUGGCUUCGAAGAUUCUCGUGUUCAUCUCCAUGUUGGUGAUGCUGUUGAGUUUAUACGGAAUGUACCUGAAGGGAAGUAUGAUGCUAUUAUUGUUGAUUCUUCUGAUCCUGUGGGCCCUGCUCAAGAGCUUGUGGAACAGCCUUUCUUCGAGAUGUUAGCAAGAGCGUUAAGGCCAGGUGGCGUUCUUUGUAACAUGGCGGAGAGCAUGUGGCUGCACACUCAUCUUAUUCAGGAUAUGAUAUCCGUUUGCCAGAAAAUAUUCAAAGGGUCUGUUCAUUACGCAUGGACAAGUGUCCCCACAUACCCGAGUGGUGUUAUUGGAUUUAUACUGUGCUCAACGGAGGGUCCGCCUGUUGAUUUUCGGAACCCUGUUAACCCUAUUGAGAAGCUAGAGGGAGCUCUUGACCAUCAACGAGAACUCAAGUUCUACAACUCCCAGAUGCAUAAAGCUGCCUUUGCAUUGCCACCAUUUGUGAGGAAGGAGGUGAAAUGUCUUUGAGAUUCAUGUGUGAUUUGUGUGUCAUACUAUGAUAUUUUAAAUAAUGUUGGAUUUUGACAAGAUUUUGCUAUCUAUUAUUUGGAAUAUUGUUUAUGGUUGAAAAAGAAUGACAAGUGUUGUUUUUUAA